CGGCCUGAGCCCCCGCCCCACGGCGCCGUGGGAAGCGCCCCGAGCUCGCCUCGCCGCCGCGCCUCUCGGAGUGCCCGGCCUGGCCUCCCGGCAGCCGAGCACGCCCGCCUGCCCGCGGGCCCCGGGAGGCGGCGGAAGGCGCGGGGCAGCUGCCGGCGCUGUCCGUGCGCUCGGGCUGCGGCGGCGGCCGCGCGGGGCUCCCGGCACGCCUUCCCGGCGCCUCCCUCCGCGGAGCGGCGUGCUGCCGCGGGGCCCCCACGCGGGCGAGCGGGGGCGGCGUGUGCGCACGGGGCAGUGUGCCGGGGCGAGCCGGCGGCGGGCGGCGGCCGCAGUCCCGGCGCGGGCCGCAGGGUGGUGCUCCCGGCCAAGGCGGCGCAGAGCGGCGGAGGGCGGGGAGGCGGCCAAGCACGGCCCUACCCAGCGCAACCGGGCAGCCGCGGCGAGCGGCGGCGAGUGGGGUCCGCGCAAUCCGCUGCCGGGCCGCCAGCCGGACUCGGCGAGAGGGAGCGCGCCCGCCCGGCACCGGCGAUCCGCGAGACGGAGGCUGCCCGCCGGCCCGACAUGGCGAUCGCCAGGCAAGUGCUUUGUCUCUCUGCUUUCCUCUCUCUGCCGCACGCGCGCUGCGAGCCCAUCCGCUACUCCGUAGCCGAGGAGCGGGAGAGCGGCUCCGUGGUCGCCAACGUGGCGGAGGACGCGGGGCUGGCCCCGGCGCAGCUGGUGGCUCGCCGCGCCCGCCUGGCCUCGGAGGACGGCCGGCAGCGCUUUCGCCUAGACCGCGGCACCGGCCGCCUCGUGGUGGCCGAGAGACUGGACCGGGAGGAGCUGUGCGGGCAGUCCGCUACCUGCACGCUGCCCUUCGAGCUCCUGCUGGCAAACCCCCUGCAGUUCCUCCGGGUCGAGGUGACCCUGGAGGACGUCAACGACCACGCGCCCGUUUUCCCGGAGGAAUCGCUCACUUUUAAGAUCCUGGAAACGAGUGACCCGGGCUCGCGAUUCCCACUGGAGGGGGCUCGGGACCUGGAUGUGGGCAGUAACAGCGUCCAGGCUUACAGCGUCACCCCCGAGAACGAGUACUUCAGUGUCUCCUUUGGGAGCCGGAGUGAGGGCAACAAAUACGUGGAACUGGUCUUGGAAAAGCCGCUAGACAGAGAGGAGCAGGCAGAGGUGCAUUUCAGUGUCAUUGCUGUGGACGGAGGCUCUCCGCCCAGGAGUGGGACCACCCAAAUCCACGUUGUCGUUCUAGAUGUAAACGACAACGCUCCUGUCUUCACACAGGAGAGGUACGUUGUGAAGGUUUUGGAAAAUGCGCCGGAGGGCUCUGUGGUUCUCAGUGUGGUGGCAACUGAUCAGGAUGUGGGAGUUAAUGGGGCCAUCUCCUAUAAGUUCAGCCAAACAGUGGGCCAGCGUGACUCAGCAUUUGCAAUUGACCUGAUGAGCGGAGAAAUCAAACUCACAAAGCCUCUGGACUUUGAGGUGGCAAAGAACCAUGAGCUCAGUGUGCGGGCCACAGAUGGCGGGGGCCUCUCAGCAAUCUGCAAGGUGUUGGUGGAGGUGCUGGAUGUGAAUGACAACGCACCGGAGCUGGUGGUCAGCUCCUUCAGCAGCCCCCUCCCGGAGAAUGCAUUACCUGGGACAGUGGUCGCCCUCUUCACUGUCAGGGACCGGGAUGCUGGUGCCAACGGCAAGAUCUCCUGUGCCCUUGAGGACCAGCUAUCAUUCUCCCUGCGGCCAGCCUAUAAGAACUACUAUGAGUUGGUAACUGUGAGCACAUUGGAUCGGGAGGAGAUGGCUCGAUACAUCCUCACUGUCAUAGCAGCAGACGCAGGGUCACCUCCUCUGACAACCACCCAGACCUUCACGGUGGACAUCUCUGAUGUCAACGACAACGCACCUGUCUUUAACCAGACAUCGUAUACCAUGUAUGUGCAUGAGAACAAUGUCCCCACAGUGCUCGUUGGAGCUGUCAGUGCUGCUGAUGCCGAUGUGGGGCCCAAUGCCAAGGUGACCUAUUUCCUGGCACCGCACCACUCUGCAGAGCAGCCUCCCUGCUCCUGCAUCUCUAUGAACUCCGAGAACGGGCAUGUAUUUGUGCUGCGGCCUCUGGAUUAUGAGCAGGUGAGGCAGAUCGAGGUGUUGGUGAGUGCCUCCGAUGCAGGCUCUCCUCGCCUCAGUUCCAAUGUCACUGUCCGCCUUGUAGUGGUGGAUGAAAAUGACAAUGCACCGCUGGUGCUGUACCCCUCGCAGGACAGCAGCCCUCCAUCUAAUGAGCUGGUGCCCGUUUCAGCUGAGGUGGGGUACCUCAUCACCAAAGUGGUGGCUGUCGAUGCAGACUCGGGGCAGAACUCAUGGCUCUCGUACCACCUGCUGAGGGCCACCGACCCCGGGCUGUUUGUGGUGGGUGCCCAAAGCGGGGAGGUGCGACUGAGGAGGCCGGUGACAGAGCGAGACGCCAUGAAGCAGAAGCUCGUUGUCCUGGUGCGAGACAAUGGGCAGCCAGCACUGUCAGCCACAGCGGCACUGAGCGCGCUCCUGCUCAGUGACUUCUCAGAUGUGGGCCUACCACACAGCAGCCAGGCCACGGAGGAUGAGGAUGGCUCCCUGACAACAUACUUAAUCAUUUCCUUGGUCUUCAUCUCACUCCUCUUCCUUGUGUCUACAGCAGCCUUCAUCACUCAUAAGGUGUGCAAGAGAAAGGAGCUGAAGGAUGGGCAUGUGCUUUACGGCACUGGCAACUUGCAGAGUGACCUGGCUGAUGCGGCCACUGCGGGGACCCUGCCCCAUGCCUAUUGCUAUGAGAUCAGCCUCACAACGGGCUCGGGCAACAGUGAGUUCAAAUUCCUGAAGCCCAUCCUCCCCAGCCUGCCUCUGCAGCACCAUGCCCUGGGAGGGGGCACCCAUGAUGAACAAGAUUUCUCCCGAGGCCCUGCCACUGCAGAGGAGGUGGUGCCAGGCAAUCCUGGGAUGCUCUCUGCCGAACAGCCCCGUAGUCUUUCCUCUAACUAGCAUGGAGUCAGCACAGCCAGGGGCUUCAUGCCUUGCAAAAGGAAGGGACCAGGGCUACAACAUCUGCAAUGCUUCCUCCAGAGUAAAUCUGCCUUUGCAACAGGCAUCACCAAUUUCCUGCAAAUUCUAAGUAAGAAAGAUUGUCUCCCCCUCCAAAAGUAGAAACAAAAGGAACUAAAAUCUCCCUCAGUCUGGUAAUCAUAUGUUUCAGCCCUGUUACAGCCAUUAAAUGCUUCAAGAGUGGGGUCCAGGGUCCUCAGCUAAGUUCUUGUCUAACCUGCUCUCAGGCAUUACUGUGGGCCUCUAAUCCUGUGCUGUAAUGCAUUGGCACGGCCAAGCACACAAAUCAGGUGCUUGCUGAAAUGCAUGUAGCCCUCCUCCCGGGUCAGGGAGGCAAGGAGGUGGUGAGCACCACAGUGGUGCCAGCACUGGGCUCUUCUCUGCAUUCUGGAUGUCUGCCUGUGAGACCUGUGCGCUCUGCCAUGGUGUCUGUCUGGACAGCUGUUGUGUGUCUGCACAUGCUGCACAAAGGCUGGCUGGUGAAUCUUACCAUCGCAAUGUGCAUCAUUACAGUUCAGCAAGCAAGAACAUUAUUUUGAUCCUUUGAGUUCAGAAGUCUGCUCUUCUCCAGGGCAGAGCAGCAAAAACACACCACAAGGACUUCCCUGGGCCCCUAAGAGGGAGGUGGGUGGGCUGUUUCCUUGGGAUUGCAGCACAAAUGGUGUUGGUAUAGACUGUAACUGUACAGAGCUGGGAAAGCAUGUUCAUUGUUUUUGGGUGCAUUGUAAGGAAACUCCUCCAGUUACAUCAGAGGACUUUGAUGGUAGAAUCAAGAUGAACAGGGAAAGGGGCCAUAGAGUCUGGUCUCAUCUUUGUUGUUCCUGAAAUCAGAGGCUUCUUGGUGGGAGUGGACAGCCAUCCCGAUACGGUUUUUCUAGGUUUUUGUUAGAGCAUUUGCAUUCUCCUUUUUGCCCUUUCUCCUUCUACCCUGUGAACUGUGCUUGAGCGUUGUCCUGCCUGUUCCUCUUCAGAAAUACCAUUGUACAGUAACAGAUUGUUUGAAUGAUGGCAAUGUGGCACGGAAUAUUUGGAAACCCUCACGCUGUGUUGUGUUGCAGUUAUUACACUGUUCUGUUGUAAACAGGGACACCCUUGUGUGUAAUAGUGAAAUAAAGAGAAAGCCUGAAU